AUCGGAACAUAGUCCGUGUACCGUUGAAGUUUGUGUUGGUUUAUAGAUCAUGGCCUUAUGGCGGCAAUCGUAGUCUUCUACUUCGUAGUCUGUGAAACGUAGGAAUGGACCUGGCUGCUAAUUACGAAGAUUUAGCAUUUUUUCAACAUCAUAGCGAGGAUGUACUGAGGGAUUUUGUUGGAAUUGCUUGGGAAGUUUUGAUGAAUAAAAGUAAGCCCAAGUUGUAUACACAUGCUGCAUUGAAGCUGAACACUGAACAUGUGACAAUUGAGAAAUUGGUUGGAAAGAUCUCUCAGCUGCUAUUAGAGUGUACCAAGCUGAAAAUUACUAUGUCAGAAUUUGUUGACAGCUUACAACCAAUUUUACACGACAAAGUAUUUUUGCUGUGGGACAGUGUAGUCAUGAAGAAGGACACUCUCUCGGAGAUAUUGGUGAAAACUGAAAUUAACCAUGUUGAGUUCUUAACAUUGAAUUGGAGGUUUGAAAACACACUUGCAUCUAAAACAUUGGAGACAUAUGAAAACACAACUGUUUUCAUGGAGCUGCAGCUGAAAGAUAGAUAUUCUAAAAAACAUCACCACUUUGUUGCUGACAUUCCAAAUUUGUUCCAUUUGACAAACUUACUAGAGGUUGCCUUAAAUGAAACAAAAGCAAGCCAUAUUCGAAGAGCUUCAGCUAUGAUCUGAAGAAUACACUGUUUUCCAUUUUGUUAUUAUGAUUUUGUUAAAAGGCCCUAAACAGAAAAAAUAAACUAAACAAAAUAAUAA